UUGGCUGCCGGCACUGUGGAACUACAACUCCCAGGAGGCCUUGCGGCGGACGCCAUCUUUUCUCAAUUCCGGACCGGCACUGUGGAACUACAACUCCCAGGAGGCGUAGCGGUGGACGCCAUCUUUUCUCAAUUCCGGACAAAUGGGCGUGCGGAUGGGCGCGCGCAGCCUCUUGCGUCAUCGGCGCGCGGCGGUCCCGGGAUGAUAGCGUUCGAGCCCUAUCUGGGGCUGCCAGUCGGAGAGCCGGGUACGGGCCAAGGGGCCCGCCGGCCGGCGCCGCUAUGGCGGCGGUGUUUGACCUGGACCUGGAGACGGAGGAAGGCAGUGAGGGAGAGGGCGAGCCGGACUUCAGCCCCGCGGGCUGGGGGACACUACGAGGAGGUGGAGCUGACAGAAGACAGUGUGAACCUCGGCCCCGAGCGCAUCGGGCCCCACUGCUUUGAGCUGCUGCGUGUGCUGGGCAAAGGGGGCUAUGGCAAGGUGUUCCAGGUUCGGAAGGUGCAGGGCACCAACUUGGGCAAGAUAUAUGCCAUGAAAGUGCUGAGGAAGGCCAAAAUUGUGCGCAACGCCAAGGACACAGCACACACUCGGGCUGAGCGGAACAUUCUGGAGUCAGUGAAGCACCCCUUCAUUGUGGAACUGGCCUAUGCCUUUCAGACUGGUGGCAAACUCUACCUCAUCCUUGAGUGCCUCAGUGGCGGUGAGCUCUUCACGCACCUGGAGCGAGAGGGCAUCUUCCUGGAAGACACUGCCUGCUUCUACCUGGCAGAGAUCACACUGGCCCUGGGCCACCUGCACUCGCAGGGCAUCAUCUAUCGCGACCUCAAGCCCGAGAACAUCAUGCUCAGUAGCCAGGGUCACAUCAAACUGACCGAUUUCGGACUCUGCAAGGAGUCCAUUCACGAGGGCGCCGUCACUCACACCUUCUGCGGCACCAUCGAGUACAUGGCCCCUGAGAUUCUGGUGCGCAGUGGCCACAACAGGGCAGUGGACUGGUGGAGCCUGGGAGCCCUGAUGUAUGACAUGCUCACUGGAUCGCCUCCCUUCACUGCAGAGAACCGGAAGAAAACCAUGGACAAGAUCAUCAAAGGGAAGCUGGCGCUGCCCCCCUACCUCACCCCAGAUGCCCGUGACCUCAUCAAAAAGUUUCUGAAGCGGAACCCCAGCCAACGGAUGGGGGGUGGCCCAGGGGAUGCCGCUGAUGUGCAGAGACACCCCUUCUUUCGACAUGUUAAUUGGGAGGACCUCCUGGCCCGUCAAGUGGACCCCCCGUUCAAGCCCUCUCUGCAGUCAGAGGAGGACGUGAGCCAGUUUGACGCCCGCUUCACCCGGCAGACGCCGGUGGACAGUCCGGACGACACGGCCCUGAGUGAGAGCGCCAACCAGGCCUUCCUGGGCUUCACGUACGUGGCGCCCUCCGUGCUGGACAGCAUCAAGGAGGGCUUCUCCUUCCAGCCCAAGCUGCGCUCCCCCAGGCGCCGCAACAGCAGCCCGCGGACCCCCAUCAGUCCCCUGAAGUUCUCGCCCUUCGAGGGGUUCCGGCCCAGCCCCGGCCCGCCAGAGCCCAUGGAGCCCACUCUACCUUUGCCACCGCUGCCGCCACCACUGCCCCCCUCGAGCACUGCGCCCCUCCCCAUCCGCCCCCCCUCGGGAACCAAGAAGUCCAAGAGGGGCCGGGGGCGCCCCGGGCACUAGGACAGGGGAGUGUGAGGUGACGGACUCCGCCUGUGAGCCGCGAGGGCAGUGUCCCUGGCGUGUCCGGGGGCAGGAAGGAGUGUUUUCCCAUGGGGUGGGCGGUCCCCAGACCACGGCUCGGAGGGCUGCAGGCUCUGCAGGCUACGGCUGCCCGGGGCGCCCCACGGCCCACUGCCCCCCGCUCAGGCCUGCCCUUGCAGAAUUAAAGCAUUGAAGCACGGUGCUGGCCUGGCUC